AUGACUGAACAGGCCAAAAAUUCAAAUCCCAUCCGGCUAUGGGGCGGGAGGUUCACUGGGGAAAUGGAUCCCCUGAUGAACCAAUACAACGAGAGUUUGUCUGUAGAUCGAGUCUUUUACGCCCAGGACAUCAAAGGCUCCAUAGCCUAUGCCAGGGCCAAUGUCAAGACUGGCAUUUUGACCCAAGAAGAAUUUGAGAAACUUGAAGAGGGGCUCAAGAAAGUCCUCAAGGAGUGGGAAGAGGGCAAGUUCCAGCCAGCACCCGGAGAUGAAGACAUUCACACCGCCAACGAGCGCCGUCUAGGCGAAAUUAUUGGGACAAACAUCGCAGGAAAGCUCCACACGGGCCGCAGCCGGAACGAUCAAGUAGCGACCGAUAUGCGCAUGUGGCUCCGUGACGAGCUGAGCCUGAUCGAGCAGUACCUAGUCGAUCUGCUCAAGGUCAUCGCACACCGUGCCAAGCAGGAUAUCGUCUACAUCAUGCCCAGUUACACCCAUCUUCAGAGGGCUCAGCCGAUCCGAUGGAGUCACUGGCUUCUCAGUCAUGCGACGGCGUUCCAAUCCGACCUCGAGCGUCUGCGGUUCACCAAAAAGAACAUCAACAAACUCCCCCUCGGCGCCGGUGCGGUGGCCGGGAACGCCUUUGGCAUUGAUAGGAUACAGUUGGCGAAGGAACUAGGCUUUGAGGGCCUCAUUAUGAACAGCAUGUCCGCCGUCGGAGACCGAGACUUCGUCGUCGAGGUGCUCCAAUGCGCCGCCACGAUCGGCAGCCACUUGUCGCGCUGGUCCGAGGAUCUGAUCCUCUACAGCUCCCUCGAAUUCGGGUACGUCAAGCUGGCAGACGCAUACACCACUGGUAGUUCGUUGAUGCCUCAGAAAAAAAACAGCGACUCGCUGGAGCUCCUGCGCGGCAAGUCGGGCCGGAUCUUUGGGUCAAUGGCUGGCCUGAUGAUGAGCAUCAAGGGCAUCCCGUCCACGUACAACAAGGACUUGCAGGAGAGCUUGCAGCCGAUGUUGGACACCGUCAAGACGUUGAAAGACAGUCUCCAGAUUGCGGCGCGGUCGCUAGCUACGGCGACGGUUUAUCCGGAGAAGAUGCGCGCCGCGCUGAGCCCAGACAUGCUGGCGACGGACCUUGCCGAGUACCUGGUUCGAAAAGGAGUCCCCUUCCGCGAGACGCACCACCUAGCUGGCAAGAUGGUCGCACUGGCCGAGGACGAGAACAAGGGCAUGGACGAACUCAGCAUUGCGCAGUUCCAGGGCGUGGAUAAGCGGUUCGGCGACGACGUGCUGAGCGUCUUCGACUACGAGCGCUCCGUCGAGCUGAAGGACGCCACCGGCGGGACGAGUCGGCGCGCCGUUCUGGAGCAGCUGAGCGCGCUGCAGAAGACGUUGGCGAGUUGA